AUGUACUUUUUCGAUUUUGUUGGUGCGUAUACCGGUAGAUCAGAAUUGCUAUCUACCGCCAGCAGUUCCUCCACCUCAUCAACUACUGCGAAUUCCCUCCCUCAUAUACGAAUUCGAACCACCAAUUUUUUCGAUCUCUUCGCUGAGCAAUUCGAACCUCACACCUCUCUGCCAGCUCCAGACACACUACCGCGGACCUUCCUCACACCUUACGCUUCGAUCAGCUACUUUUCAUAUGCUACGCCAAGAUGCAAAACCUCGAUACUUGCCCUUUUCCAUCAAAAUCAAGGGACGCGCGCCUUUGGUUUACAGAACAACUCCGACGCACUUGCCCUUUUAAAGCAAAUUCUCGAGAUGCGCGCCUUUGCCAAACCAGCAAGUGGAAGCGAUACAAGUGAAGGCGAUACAAUUGGAGGACCAGGAGCAAUUAGAAGACCAGCAAUUGAAAGAGCAAUUGAACCAACAAGUGGACCAGCAAGUGGACCAGCAAUUGGAAGACUAGCAAUUGAAAGAGCAAUUGAACCAACAAGUGGACCAGCAAGUGGACCAGCAAUUAGAAGACAAGCAAGUGGACCAGCAAUUGGACCAGCAAGAAGUGCAAUUGAAGGAAUUGUCAGCUUUGACCAAGGUACAUUCGGAGUACUCCUUUUGCGCUACUUCGAAGCAAUUACCUCUCACACCAAUUACGAAGCACCUUCUCUUUUGGUCACCCUCGCAGCUACCUUCGAAGCUACCUCUUCCGCCAACUGCGCAACAUCUACCACCUACUAA